AUGACGGAUUUUACAAAUACAACAUCUCAUACUCUCGAACAAUUACGUCAAGCUGAAAAUAAAUUAACAACAAUGCUUUGGCAUGCUGGUAAUAUUGUACAACAAUUAAGUUCUGAACAAGUUCCUCGUGAACAAGUUGAAUCUAUAGCUCGAAGUUUUUCGGAAAAUGCUCAAGCAGUUCAAUUAUUAUUACAUACAAGUGUAGCUAAUUUAGAACGUAUAUCAUCUGGUUUACCACAUGAAGAUUCAUGUUAUGGUUCAUGGUUAGAUUUUAAUUUAGCUUCAAUGAGAACAGAAACAAUACGAAAUAAAUUAUAUGAAUUAAAAAAUAAUUCUCAAUUACAACGAAGUCGAGAACGUGUUAAAGAACUUGAAGGACAAUUAGCUCAACUUUAA